CCGCCGCCCCCGCCCGCCCCUCUGCCCGCGGGCUGGGGGGCGGUAGCGCCGUGCCCACCCCACUGCCGCCCGGGAUGCGCCGUGGGCGAGCUCGGCUGCCCCGGGGGAAGUUGAAGGCUGGGCCCCCACGGGCCGAUCGGCCGGCUGCGAGGGGGCGGGCGGCGCCGGGAGCCCGAGGAGGAGCCCGAGCAUCCCGGCUCCGGGGACAGCCGGAGAACGGGCGGCGAGGCUUCAUGGGCUGCUCACGCCACCAUGGUGCUCGCCCUCAACGGCAGCCACCUCUACGGUAACCUCCGGGCCCUGGUCCUGGAGGAGCCGCGGGCGCUGAGCGGCGGCAGGAUGAUCGCCGGCUCCUGGCCCCCGCGCAGCCUGGCGAAGCUCGGCCCGUCGCCCCCCCCGACGGCGCUGCCCACGGCGAGCCCCCAACCCGCCAACGACUCCCAGUGCGGGGAGCAGAUCCUCAGCUACGGCAGCGCGGAGAAAGUUCUCAUCGGGGCCGUGCUCUGCCUCAUCACCCUGCUGACCAUCGCCGGCAACUGCCUGGUGGUGAUCUCCGUCUGCUUCGUGAAGAAGCUGCGGCAGCCCUCCAACUAUCUCAUCGUCUCGCUGGCCCUGGCCGAUCUCUCGGUGGCCCUGGCCGUCAUGCCCUUCGUCAGCGUCACCGACCUUAUCGGCGGCGAGUGGAUCUUCGGGCGCCUCUUCUGCAACGUCUUCAUCGCCAUGGAUGUCAUGUGCUGCACGGCCUCCAUCAUGACCCUCUGUGUGAUAAGUAUCGACAGGUACCUGGGAAUAACAAGACCUCUUACUUACCCUGUAAGGCAGAAUGGGAAGUGUAUGGCCAAAAUGAUCCUGUGUGUCUGGCUUUUAUCUGCCUCUAUCACCAUUCCCCCGCUCUUUGGCUGGGCCCAGAAUGUAAAUGAUGAAAAGGUUUGUCUCAUCAGUCAAGACUUUGGCUACACCAUUUACUCCACAGCAGUUGCAUUUUACAUUCCGAUGUCAGUGAUGCUUUUCAUGUACUAUCAGAUUUAUAAAGCUGCCAGGAGGAGUGCUGCUAAACACAAGUUCACUGGUUUCCCCCGCCUGGAAGAAAUGGAAGGGAUUUCUGUGAAUGGACUUGUAAAACUGCACAAGGAAUCUGAAGAAUGUACUAAUUUUUCACGACUCCUAAAGCAUGACAAGAAAAACAUUUCCAUCUUCAAAAGAGAACAGAAGGCUGCCACCACCCUUGGGAUUAUUGUUGGGGCUUUCACAGUCUGCUGGCUGCCCUUUUUCCUCCUCUCGACUGCAAGGCCCUUCAUCUGUGGUACAGCGUGCAGCUGCAUCCCACUCUGGGUGGAGAGAACAUUUCUAUGGCUGGGCUAUGCAAACUCUCUCAUUAACCCUUUUAUAUAUGCCUUCUUCAACCGGGACCUGAGGACAACCUAUCGCAACCUGCUGCAAUGCAGAUACAGGAAUAUCAACCGCAAACUCUCAGCUGCAGGGAUGCACGAGGCUCUGAAGCUUGCAGAAAAGCCAGAAUUUGUUCUGUAAGGUCACUCAUCCUCUACUGUGGAGAAGUUCUGAUUUCUCCAGGGAAAAAGAGUCAUGACCAAAUGUGCUUCAAAGCAGCCAGGAAAAGUCAAGCCAGAACAGGAAGAAGAAAAAUGAAGAGUUGGCUUCCAAAGAACUGGAUAGAUUUAUGAAAUCUACUUCAUCUUCCUUUGAUGGGAAUGUGCUGAAAAUAUUCCAUGAGCUCAAUACAUUACAUUAAAUAUAUUUCUAUUGGAAGUACUCACUUCUUGUUUGUUGUGGAGGAAAAUGCUGCUACAUACAAAUGAAAAUAGUUUUCUGCCUGAGAAAGCCAAAUAAUUUCAGCAAUAAGUUUGACACAGGGCAGGGGCAAUGCCACUAAAACUCAAAAAUAAAGCGUUGUACAGAUUUCCACCACAUUAAACUAUGUAGAACAACAUUUGUAUGCUUAUUAUGCUUGUGGAUCCUAAUAUUGGUAUUCAUAUUCAGGGAUUGCCAGUGAUACUGAAUGUAUUUUGCUGUACUAGAAAAAAGAGGUUUUGAGGCAAAUGCUGUCUCUGUGGAUGCUUUCAGAGCUUGUGUUAAAGAGAUGAUGUACACCUGCAAUGGGAUAGAGAAUGACAACAAUAAAAUAUCAAUUUUUUGUUAAAGAUUUCUGUUGUAUUAAGUAAAUGUCUGUUCUAGCAUACUUGUGGUUGGUUCCCCCAAACUUUUGUAAAAAACUGCUUUCAGUUAUGCAGUGACUAAAGGGACAAAAUUAGAAUUCACAUGUAUUACACCACUGCUAAUUUACAAAUAUGAUUGCUUUGCUUUAAUGUAAUUUUCAUGACCUGCCAAUUUAUAAAUUUAUGUCAUUUCAGCUCAAAUAUGUAUAAAAGGCUGGAGAAUUUCCACGGCACUUUGCUUUUUGUCUUACUGGCUAGCUGGAGAGAUAAUUAUUAGAUUUUUUUUUGAAAAUGUGCUUAAGGUGUGUUAUUUCUGCCAAUGAUUUGUUAUAAUUAAAACAGACCCCUUUGGCUUGACAAAAACGAAAUAGGUGAGUAUAAAUGACCAUUUUUCCCAGGGAAAAUUGAUUCAAGGCAUUCUUUCUUAAGCAUAGCUUUUAACAUUUUUGGGGUUUUUUUUUUUAACUUCUCAUAUUAAUUUCCCUUCAGAGUUUCUAAACUAUGCACAUUUAUACAGUGCUCAGUGCAGAAGCAUAUCCCAUUCCCAAAGUCUGUCUUCUUUCAAGGUACACUUGGAUGAGCAUUUGCCUUAUUUCCACAGCUGUGGGAUUUGUGAUAUCUUAGUCCCUUACUUGCAGUUCAACCAAAACGCUGCUGGUAAAUCACACAGUGGCUACAUGUGCCAUUGGGACUUCAAUUUUCUUUGUUUAAAGUAAUAUAAAGGUUCACCAUAGCUGCCUAAAUAAGGAGUCAGACACAGCAGAACAGGCCAAUUAAUUUCUUAUUGACAAGGGAUCAGCAUAGGAAGCAAAUAAAAUAUAUGUUAAGCCUAUGUAAAACCUAUAAGAGAGAGCCUAAUCCUUCUUCUCCACAUGAUCCUGGCACCCUAAGAUAACUCCUGUGGUUACAUGAGAGCACCAGAGCAGCAGAUUUCCCUUUCACUAGGUCAGCAAGGCUCAUUUCAGUAUCUUACUGAUAUGACUGCUCACUGUGAACUCUGCAUCUGAAACAAAAUCAGUUUAUUUUAUUUUCCAAAGGGAAUGACCCAGAAAUGCUUUUGACUUGGUGAACCUGAAGUAUGUAAGAGGAAACUGGACAGUUCUUUUCAGUGGCCAAUGGACCAGUUCUGGUUGCAUUAUAUGAAAAUGUGUUCAGAGGAACUCAGCUGAAGGCAAAACUACAUUGGCAGAUAAUAUUAUAACUGAACCUAGGAGAAAGGGAGAUGAGAGGUUCAUAAAUGUAACAAUAAAAAAAGAAGAAAAAGGGGGAGAGCGUUUACUUUUUUUUAAAAAAAAAAAACUAAGCCUUUAAAUGAAGGGCAGUGGCAAUAUUCUGAAACUCUGUUUCAAGCUUUAUGGUCUCAGUUGCAAGUCCAUUUCACAAAGGCAAUGAAAUAAUUUUACUCUGUUGAAUUAGACUGUCAUUUUCCUUGCUCAGGAUGCUGUGUCAAAACCUUAACUUGAACUGAAAUGGAAAAAUGAUACAUUAUAUGAAUAUUUUAAAUUAUUAAAAAUAUAUACCCAAAUAAAAAAUAGCCACCAGUAAAAUUUUUCUGUGAAAAUGUAUGGGUUUUUAAUGUCAUUAUUUUAAGCUUAAGGGAACAUGUGUAUUUUAAGAGAAACCUAAUAGAGGGCAAGAGUCAGAGCUUUUAGCUGCGAGUGAGCUACAAUUCUUUGCAGAUCUGUCUAUACAAAAAUAUAGCACACACAUAUGUCCCUUGCACUUCAGGGUGAAUGUAUGAAAAAUGUAUGAAAAGAAGGUAGUGAAUCUAUUAUUACCUGAUAAACAUUUAUUUAUUUUACUGCCUAUUACAUUCCCAGAAUCUCAGAGAAAUUACGAGGAUAUUUUAGGACAGGUUGUGGCAUCACAGACCUGUGAAAUUGCAGUUCUACCUGUCUCUCCACAAAAAGAAUUCACCCAGGAAUUUUCAGACACGUAAACAACACAGAGAACAUUAGGAACUACACAAUUCUGAUGCUUUGCCAUACAAGACAAAGCUCAUUUUUUUUUCCUGCUGUACCUGUCAGGGCUGUGACCUCUGAAACCAAUGCACAAACCCACACAGCAGCCAGGAGAGCGGCCGGGCCCAAGGCUAAGAGUAUGCCCAAUAGCAGCAAAUAAUGCACACAAUGUUUUAGAGGAUUAGGAAGGAAAUAGAGCUGAUCAAAAGAGGUCAGGAGAUGAGACAGCCUGUUGGGAUAAGGAGUUUCAGUAGUUCCUGUAGCCCACAGGACAAGGACAGCACGUGGGCCUGCCUGACACUGAGAUAAUAAUCCAAGUGCCCAGGAUGUGGAUAUAAUAACAGCAGAGUGGAUGAUGCCAGAAACAAGGCUCAGAACCACUCUUCUGGAUCUGCAGAGGAUGCCUCUCUAGCUCUCUCUCUAAAACCUGCUCUGGGAUGUGGCACUGAGCAGUUUGCAUUUUCACAGGACUGCCUUGUGGUUAUUACCAUGGCAUUUAUCAGUUAUCAUUGUCAUUUCAUAAAAUAAAUAACUUUAAAAAAUUGCACACCCCUUGAUCUUUCACUGUCCACCCAAUCCUCUCUUUUCCCUAUGCACUCCUGUGGUGAACAGACCGCUGAGAUAUUUGGUGGAUGAGUCUACUACAACUUUAUUAUAUCUCUCCUACACUUCACUUAUCAUUUGGAUUUUUUCCAGAUUAAUCUUCUACAAACUUAAAGCCUUUUCCUAGCUGUCCCCCUGAUUCUACUGUUAAGGUCUUACUAAAUUAUUUGGUUUUAUCAAUAUGAAAAAGUGAUUAAUUUGCUUCAGACCUGAGCAAAAAUUAAAUUCAGUGAUAAGAGUUUUUCUUAUUAUCACAAUAUACACAGAUAAAAAAUGUUAUGUGAAAGCACAAAAAUCAUAUCCACAUAUACUAUGUAAACAGUCAGAUGGUCUCAAUUUUAAUGGAUUAAAGUGAAUUCUAUCUAUUAUUUCUGCCAGCUGGGACUUUUAAUAUGCAAAAUUCACCAGAGGAUUGAGAUGGAACUCCAUUUUGGGUCAUAUAUUUUACCUUGACAAGGUCUGGUAAAGAUAAAGAUGGGUAACAUAAAACACUCUUUUCCCCAAAUAGCUUACCAAGAAAUACAAAUACAAUGAAAUUAAGCUCUUCCCAUUCUAAGUGGCCUGUGCUGAAAACACUGAGUAUCUUUUGUUGUAAUAUGAGUCUUAUUUGUAAUAAAAAGAAUUGCUGCCAAUUGCAUUGCAAAUUAUUCAAAUUUAUACGGCAGACUAAUUUAGCAGAAAAGGAAACGGGGUUCUUCUGUAUUAGGUACCGAAUUAUAUUAUGCUUUUAAAAUGUAUAAGCCUAGAAGAAUAUUAAAAUGUUAAUUUGGAUAGUAUUUAAAAGGUAAUUACUUUUAUACAAUAAAAUAAGGAGUCUACUGAAUACUAA